AUGACUUCUGUUUACAGACAAUUGCACUCGUCUAAAUGUGAGGGCAAUAGUCAUUUCGUCUGCACACGACCAUUGCUCUCGGAAUCCUUGGUGGAACAAGAACAAUCAGAAUGUCCCACAGGAUUCCAGAACUACCGCGGAACUUGUCUGAUGUCCGUGAAUGAUAAGCUCACUUACGACGAAGCUCAGUUGGUUUGUGCCGCACAAGGAUCCCAUAUCUAUGCUCCCAAGAGCUUGAGUGACAAUGGCUUCAUUCGAGUAUUUGCCAAUCUGAUGCUUUCCCGAGAUGUUUGGAUAGGGAUUAGGAAGGAUGUUCCAGUGUCAUACAUUGACAAUGAUCCCAGUCUGAGACAUCCGUUACGGGUUCGUGAAUCCGUUUCGGAGGCUCAAUUUUCCGAUGGAAGCCAAUAUGGUGAGACUGAUUUCGAUUUUCAAAAGGUCUUGAUGGUGACGCCGUGGAAGAAGGAUUGUCUUUAUUGGAAAGAGUCGCUCGAUUUCGUUGUCAGGGACGCCAAUUGCGACGAGGAACACGCUUUCAUCUGCGAAUGGAAAGGUUCAAACUCGAUAUGUCCUCCGAACUUUCUGCACUUGGGAAAGAGCAUGGAUGGUGUGAGUUGCUUGGCCCAACUGAGCGAAGUCACUGAGUACUUCAAUAAGACUUGCCACUCGGCUACUGGCAAAUCGGUUCCAUUUGCCCCGACAUCUUCCCAAAUGGUGGAAGCUGUUCUAUCUCGUUUCAACGUGUCAAGAUCUUGGAUCAACGCCGGAAAUGGGACCUUUCACGAGGACUUGCGGUUCCACCACUCCUCUCCAUCGGUUCCAUCCCCAGACCAAGGCGGAUGCCUCCAAUUACUGGAUAAUGGCGUUAUCAUCUCAGCCAAUUGCAAUGCCAAGGUUUCUCCCAUUUGCCAAGUCAAGGCCUGUCUUACCACCACGGGGCUUCCAUGUCUGUUUCCAUUUAAGUACCGCAACAUCUCUUGGGGGGGCGAGGAAACCGAAAUUGAGUACUGGCAAUGCUCGUCAUUGGAUCUUCAUGUUCCCUGGUGUGCCACGGGUUUGGAAGCAGAUGGGAGAAUAAGUACUUGGGGUUAUUGUCUACCCGAUUGUCCGAGUGAGACGCCAGAAAAGGCCUGUUUGGAGGGACCCAUUUUCCCGGAUUUGCCAGACGAGUAUGAUGAUCCCUCUGCGGUGAAUUAUACAACACAGUUCGACCCCAAUGAAGAUAUCGUGCUCAAGGAUUUCGACUUCGUCUCCUUCGAUUGUCCCGAGGGAUAUGUCUUCGAAAAAUCCAAUAACAUUACUCACCGCGCUUGGUGCUACGAUUGGGAGUUUCGCCAUGACUUUGAUCUCCGAGCAAAAUGUAAACCCAUUCAAUGUCCCUGCCCUCCGUGGUUCGCCCCAGACACUUGGGCAGGCACUUUUGAUUGGGGAUUCCAGCAGCCUCCGAUCUGUCCGUCAGAUCUGGCUUUUGAAUCCAGACCAUUGGACUACCUUACUCAAAUCACUUACAAAUGUCCCGAGGGAUUCGUAUUCGAAACGCCGUGGCUUCCGUCCGUGUUGGAAGAGCGAAACGAGACGGGCCAAACGGGCAACGAAAAUGAUACAUUGGUCUUGACUUGUGGUAAACAUGGCGAUUGGGAUCCGCCUAUCCAACCCAAAUGCAUUCCUGUGAAUUGUACCGAGGACCCAUUCAUAGUCAAGAACAACGAUCAGGGCAAAUUUACAUGGAACUUGGACGUCAGAAACAAAAGUUUCACUCACACCAUUAAAUAUUGGUGCCCACUGAAUGGCUGGGGAUAUCCCAAUUCCAAAAACACUUCCAUUGAGUCGACUUGCCAAGCGACAAAGAAGUGGUCUGUUAAAUUUGUGGAACCGUGUCAAGUGUUGCCAUGCCCCGAAAAGGCUCCAGAUGCUCCUAAAGGUGGAUGGAAAUGGGAGAGCUCGGAAACGAGUAAAUACAAAUGCCCCAAUGGGCAUAUUUUCCUAUCGGGCGAGGAGUUCUCGUAUUCAAAUUGCACUUCUAUCCGCAAAUGGCAUCCUAAAAAGGUUCAAGAUUGCGUCCCUCGACAUUGUUCCGCCUCUAAUCCAGCAGUGCCCUUUAGUGGUAUGGAAAUGGAUUGGCCCCAUCAAAGCUCUCAACUUAACACUACCAUCAUUUACACGUGUCCUCCGUACACACUCACGUGGAAAUUGAAUCGGACAGUCCAACACGUGAGCUGCAUUUGGAACAACAACACUGACCUUAUGACGUGGCAUCCAUCGGAUAUCGAUCCUUGCAAUCGUAAGUUAGACAUGCUUGGCUUCAACUUUGCACACUUGACUAAUGCAAAUUAA